AGGGUUCAUAUAUAUCUUUUUUUUUUUUUUUUUUAACUUCAUCUGAUAGAAGAAAACAAUUCAUUCAAUUAAAUGUUCUUCACUUGAGAGGUGUGUCUUUGUUCUCCGAAACAUAAUUUGAGUGUUGAUACCUUUUAAACACUGCUCCGAGAAAAAAAAAAAAAAAAAAAACAAGGAGUAAUGUAAUGUUAUAUGUAUACACACCGACAACAGACUACUAUACUAAAAGUAACAUCUUUCCUUGAGGAAUCUUCAAGUUCAAGUUGCCAGUUACUGGUACUCAAACUUUAUUCCAUGUGGAAUUUAUUUCAACUCUCUUCACUAGGCUGAAUAAAACCAGAAUGAGGACUUCUGUGAUGGCAGCUUUUUUGCUUGGACUGUUUCUCUUUGUAUCGCAGCCACCCUCUGUUCCAUCCAGACCUACUAUAAAUGAGGCUGGAGCAUCAUCAAAGACUGUUGACUAUGAGCAACGAAGAGCAUCUUCCAUUCAAAAUCAGACCCAAACAGCUGUACAUCCUAAUGGAACCAGACAGCAACUGCCUCAAACUAUUAUCAUCGGAGUGAGGAAAGGUGGGACGAGAGCUUUAAUUGAAAUGCUAAGCCUCCACCCUGGUAUUGCAGCAGCAGAGAGCGAGGUUCACUUUUUUGAUUGGGAGGACCAUUUUGAGAAAGGCUUACAAUGGUAUGCUAGUCAGAUGCCUUUCUCAUACCCCCAUCAAAUCACAGUGGAAAAGACUCCCGCUUAUUUCACUUCCAGUAACGUGCCAGAGAGAAUUCAUAAGAUGAACCCAGCCACCAGGCUCCUCUUGAUCCUGAGAGACCCCACUGAGAGAAUCCUCUCAGACUACACUCAGGUGUUUUACAAUCGUAAGCAGAAGCACAAGCUGUACCAGCAUAUUGAGACGGUGCUUAUUAAAAAUGGGGACAUCAACAUGGACUACAAAGCAUUAAACAGAAGCCUGUAUUACAUCCACAUGCAGAACUGGUUAAAGUAUUUUCCUCUAUCACACAUUCAUGUGGUCGAUGGAAACAUGUUGAUCAAAGACCCCCUUCCUGAAAUGAAAAGGGUUGAGAAGUUUUUAAACCUCUCGGCACAAAUCAAUGCCUCAAACUUUUAUUUCAACAAAACAAAAGGGUUUUACUGCCUAAGGAACCAUGGCAGAGAGAGGUGUUUACAUGAGUCAAAAGGAAGACCACAUCCUCAAGUCGCCUCACCAAUACUUGAUAAGCUGUACCAGUUUUUUCAUGAGCCAAACAGGAAGUUCUUUCAGCUGAUUGGCAGGACCUUUGAUUGGCAUUAAUUUAUGUUGUUGUAUAGUGGAUAUGAAAAUUAUUACAUCCCAGCGGCAUAAACUAUAAGCAGUAUUAGUAGAUGAGAGAAUACUUCAUGUAAAUUAAUGUUUGAAAAAAGUGUACAGUUUAAAUAAUACGUAAGGUAUAUAUAUUUUUCUACAUGUUUUGAACAUAUAGCAGUCGAAAUACCAGUUGUAUGACUUUAUUUUUAUUCCUGUGUUGAACAGUGAACACAUGUUUUCCAUACACUUGUGGAAGCACAGGGUUUAGAUUUCUUUGUGAAUAACUGUGCAAGACCUUUGGUAUUCCAGUAGUGUACAGCAUACUUAUCUCCCAUUUGUUCCAGGUUGCAACAUGGACUACAAAGCAUUAAACAGAAGCCUGUUACAUCCACAUGCAGAACUGGUUUACAUAGUUUACUAAAACAUCUGCCAAGCAGAAUAUUACCAACUGUGAUUACAGAGUGCAUUUAGAAAGAAAAAAAAUAAUCCACCCAGCUGCUUAUAAAUGUGUAAAUUAACAUUUAUUUUUGUGUGGUUCUAAAUGGUUAAUUUAUAAUGGAAAUAAAAUCAAAAUCAAAGCCAA